AUGGAUGAGCCUGGUUCUUCAUCUGGAUCAAGGAUUCGGCUAGCUUGGGUGUCUUCUUCCCAUCAGGAGGUACGGGAGGACGAGGAGGAGGUGAUACCUGAUGUUGACGCUCCGCAUGGGGAGGAGGGGGAGCAGGGCUACCCGGGAGGGCCUAGGGACAUUUCCUUGCUUAUUUACUACCACGACCACGUCGCUCGGCGUGUCUGGGAGGGACAGGCCGACGAUAAAAUCCGUGAACCACGCGCGGAAAUUUUUUAUUUGUUUAAACCAGAUUACCAAUGGUUUAAUGAUGUGGUAGCUGGUUCUGGGCUCGGCGGGUUGUGCAUGACCGAGUAUAUCACUAUCAGCCACGGCAUGCAAGGAGCUUUCAUGGAAAGAUGA